CCCAGAAUAUCCUACUUACUUGUACUGUCCAUCCUCAUAUGAUCAACUUCGAAUAAAAUAUGAUCUAGCUGAAAGGAUGGAUUUAAUCUUGGGAACCGUAUUCAUUCCAAGGCAUGAUAAAAAAUUAACCCAUAACCAUACACUAAUCAGUUCCCUGAAUUGGUAGAAACCAUUAAUGAAAGCACUGUAAGGAUUGAAUGUUCCAUCCUGGAAUAAUCAGAUAUACUGAAUUCUAGAUCUUAAUAAAAGAUAAGAGAUGAAGUAAUUAUAGGGCGCCCUCGGCCAUAUAGAUAAACGGAGGCCUCUUAUCAUCACAGCUUCUGCUACUUUGAAUAUGAACAUUGGAGUCAGUUUUUUCUUAUUUUACCUCUCACAGGACGAGGAGGUCUCUAAAUCUAUUUUUUUUGGUGUCUGUUGUAUGGGCUCUCUGGCCGAGGCCUGUUGCUCAGGCAGCGUGUGCUUAUAGCGGCGCUAAAUGAAGAACAAGAACGGAACAAUUUCGACGGCCGAAGAAAUAUUGAUAAGGCCCUAAACAGUUUGUUUCUAAACGAGUAUGCUUCUCAAGGCCCACGAAGGCCCACCUUCUCAGAGCUCAGAGCUGCAACGAAAAAUCUUCCCCACAGCUGCUGCUUCAAUUUAUUCACAGAAAACAAAAAGCGGAUCUGAAAAUAUUUGGAUUUUAGGGCUAUCGAAAUCUGAUUUGAAUCGGAGAUCUGACGUACCAAAAUUCGUGUGUUACAGUCAUCAGUGAAUCAAAUCUAUUGAUACCGCAUUUACUGCAAAGAUAAAAACCAAUCUAUCAGAAGUGAAAGGCUUUUGUGACCCUUAAAGUUGUGUGACUGGUUUUCUAAGCGCCUGGAAGUUGCAUCUGAAGAUGGUUUAACAGCGUGACACAAUGGUUUAGCGGUGUCAGACAGGUUUGGUGGUGAAUUGUGGAGUCACAAGUAUACUUAAGAAGCCUAUCGGCUAAUGUUUUUGAAACCCAAAACUCGGAUGGCUUCAGAAAUAUUGGUAGCAAGUUCAACAGCAGAUUCAGGUAACAUGACAGUGUGGGAUUUAUCCACAGGUUUAGAGCUCAUGCAUUUCUAUAGCUGUGCAUCCCCUAGAAAUGCAAUCACUUCCAUUGGCAGUGACGCUCACUUCAUUGCAGCUUCGCAAAUGCACAAAACAUUUUCCAUUACAGCGGCACCCAUUUGCUUUUGGACAUGGGGUAACCCCCAAAUUCAUAACAGAAUAUUCCCCCUUGAACAGAUUGGCCCUCUGGCUUGCACACGAAACGGAGUCUAUCUUCUUGGUGGUGGAAUUUCAGGCCAAAUCCACAUAUGGGAGUUACCCACAGGACGACUGAUUCGUUCAUGGCAUGCCCAUGAAAAAUCUGUAAGUUGUCUAAUCUUUAACGACGAUGAAUCAUUGUUGGUUUCAGGCGGCGACGACGGUUUUCUUGUUGUUUGGCCUCUUAUUGGAAUCCUAGACAUUGCAGAGAGCUUAGAUAGGGAUGCCCAAUCGCUAAGUUUGCAUACUUGGUCUGCUCAUAGUUUGCCUGUGACUGGAAUUACUUCUGGUAUUGGGGGCUGCAAUGCAAUUGCUGUUUCUUGUUCAUUGGAUUGCACUGUGAAAAUUUGGAGCCUAGGUUUGGGGACCCAUUUAAGAACGCUCAGGUUGCCUUGUGGGAUAAAUGCUGUCGUUGUUGAUCCUUCUGAACAUGCCCUCUAUGCCGGGGGAAUAGAUGGGAGGAUCUAUGUUGCUGUUCUUAAAGUAUGUUUUAGAGGAAACAAUGGGAUUAGUGACGAGAAUGGGAUAAUUGGUUCACUUUUUGAUCACAGUGGAACUAUAACAUCCCUGAGUUUUAGCAUGGAUGGAGCUACUUUGGUGUCGGCGUCUGAGGAUUGUACCAUUCGUCUGUGGGAUACUAGCGCGAACUGUGUUGUUAGGAUGUUUAACCAUAGUAUGGGUCCUGUGAGCAGUAUUUUAGUGCUGCCCCUGCUGCCACAAAUUUCAAGGUCUUCCUAUCAUGGGUUACAGUUGGGUAGUCACAAGAGCAAUGUUGAGACUACGAAUGAGAGUUUUAGUGAUUCUAGUUAUCUCAAGGAUAUGCCAAGGCUUUUCUUACCAAAUGCUGAAAGAGCUGCUCUUGGUUUAGAAUUUCAGUGCCAUAGCAUUGGAAUGGUGAAGCUGCAAAUAAAAGAGUUGGAGACCAUGAAAGCGAAUUUAGCAGUAGUGAAUGAGGAUCAGCAACGUACCUUAAAUAUGCUUGAUAAAUUGAUACAAGUUUACCAUAAGUUCACUGGACUUUGCUUGUCUGAGGCUGUAGCUGGCAAUCAGAACCUAGAUACAGACAGAUCACAGGGAAUGGAUAAUAUAUUGUUUCUGGAUAAAAGCAUAGAUGAGAGUCGCCGUAUGUUGCAGUAAAUUGUAGCAUUUGUUUUGUCUAUAAGGUGUAGCAUAAAAUGUGAAGGAGGAAUGUUUUGUUUCACUGGGAAGUUUAUGUGUAUACUUCAUGGAGGUCACUUCAUGUGCUGAAGACCAUGCUUGCACUUCUUAUACUUGAUCAAAUGUUUUGUCAGAUUCAUGCAAAAAACUGUGGUGUCUGUAAUUUGAAAACAUUUUUUCCGUAGAGAUUUAGUUUGUCUAACUGUUGGGGGAGAAAAUUUCAGCUUCCUUUGAAAAUAUCUGAACUACUGUAUCAAACCAAGAUGCAUUAUAAUUUAGGAUGUCAAAAUUCAGAAUCAUACUUUUGGCACUAAAAGCUUAUUGGUUUAGAGUUAACUGUAACUUGUGAUGAGUUCAGCUUUCUUUGAAAAUAUCUGAACUCUUUGUCAAACUAAGAUGUUUAACAAUGAUGUCCAAAUUCAGAAUCGUAAUUUCGGCUCUGAAGUUCUGUUGUAUGUAAAGAGAUCAUUUUAAUACGCUUUUCAUUU